AUGGUAUGCGUUGCUCAAGACAGUUGUAAUGGCAAACCAAUUGAAGAUCCUAUACUUAUAAAAAAAUUAUUGGAAUUAUCUGAUAACAAGACAGAGCAUUUACCUGGUUUAUUACUUUUUGUUCCUGGAAUACCUGCUAUUUUAACACAAAACAUUGCUAUUGAACUUCGUCUUAUUAAUGGUAUUAAUGGAAUCUUUCGACAAUUAGUCUAUCAGGCAGAUUCUGCAUCAACAGAUGUUUUAUCGGAAAUAUUUCCAAAAAAUACACAGUACAUCCAUCGACCAUUAUAUGCAUUAAUAGAAAUUGCCAAAUCAAAAAUUGAAUCCAAUCUUGAAGAACUUCAACCAAAACUUGUUCUAAUACCAGUAAUUGAACAAACAUUUCGAGUAGACGUUUCUGAUGUUCUUCCAAAAGACAAGAAACCAAAAUCAAAUUGA